GCGGAUCAGAGGGGAUGUUUUGAAUUCUACGUCGCCAGUUCACCUCAGCUAAUGACUGUGUGGCCUGUCUAAACUGGUGUCUUGUUCAUUUUCCUGUUGCAGUUCAGCAGCAGAGGUGUGAGGGACGGAGGGGAUGAAUCUAUACAGGACUUUUGGAAACCUCAUGGAGGCUUGGGUACGUGAAGAAGGCCAGUGUUCGGACUCAGAUUGGCUCAGAAAUAACGAUGAAGACUCUCCUACACCUUCCUCUGACACGGGGACAAACCUGCGCUCAGAAUCGGUGGACUCUGGAGUGGAGACAGCCAGCUCUGACACGUCCUUUCCUGCUGCAUCCUGCUCUGUCUCAACAGAUAAUACAGAAAUAGACACAUUUACACCAGAAAGAGAAGGUGACAGAUUCACUCCAGCCUCAACAUCACAAUCUCCUGUCUUCUCCUCUCCUGUGCCUUCCUCAUCUUCCUCUUUCUCCUCACGCCUCUGUCCCAGCAGAGCUCAGGAGGCCUCCACCAUAUUACACCAAAAAGUGGAGCAAACACUACAGAGGACUGACUCUGAGCAUCUAAAGGACAACAUAGAGCCCCUUACAGUGGAUGAGGUGCUCAGGCGACGUCCUCAAGCACCUUUUUUACCCAAACGACACUAUUCGGAGUUAGUGAGAGGUCAAAGGUCAGACAGUUUUGGCCUAAGGAGGACAGUCAACCCAUCAGUGCCCAUGAGGCAAAUGUGCAGACGACCGAUGUCUAUGAGUUGUGACAAGCAGCCAGCUCAGACAAGAUUAGAGGACCUUGGUGAGCAGGAGGGGAAAGGACUGAGUCCUGGGCUCAGCUACUUGGAGCAGGUGUGCCAAAUGUUAGAGGAAAUUGCCAGACAACAGAUGCACACCCUAGCGUUACAAAUGGAGACGAAUGCCCUGCGGGAGCAUCAACACGCGGAGGUGAGCCAGGCUCUUGACAACUGUCAGAGUGACUCUAAAGUUGCUGAGGAGGAUCUGUCUUCUUGUCAAAGGCUUGAAAAUACAGAAAGUGCAGAGCACAGUUCCAGUGAACCACAGCAGCGGAAAGAUUAUCUUCACAGACAUCGGCAGAGAUCAGCUUCAGACACAACUAUUGCAACACUGCAUUUAAGAAAGUUGAAUGCAGACUGCAGAGGGCAUCGUCUGAGUACAGAUAACCGGAUGGAGAAAGUAGAGGAAGACCAUGAAAAGCAGGAGUCUGAAAAAGAGGAGAUGAUUAAAACUAAGAAGAAUUGGAAGUUAAAAAUUGGAUCUUUGAGAAGAGAGGAGUCUGCUGUGAGAGAUACAGAUGGCCAACAGAUGCAGCCAUCUGAGAAAAACUCGGCCCGGCGACGGUUGAGCCAGCUGUUCAGGAGGAACAGGAGGAAAACUCUGCCUGUAUAAAGGGACCACAGUGUGUCUGUCAUGAUGUUUAGACAUUUUUGUUUCACUUCUGAAGAAGAGAAAUCUUUCUGAGCUCUAUCUCUGUUUUCAAACUGACUUCCUAUUCAGCCCAUGUGAUGUAGCAAUCUGCCAUGCUUAUUUAUUGUCCGUUUUAUACUUGCCUUUAUUAUUUAUCCUGAUAAAUAAUAUGAUUUUCUAUAAAAUUGUGAUGGAAAAUUAAAUUUCUUUGUUAUGUAAUGUAAAAUUCAAAGCUUGAUUUUACAAACUUCAAACUUCCCCAUCAAAGCUGCAAAUUGGUAAAGAAUACUUGUGUGCACUCUACAGUAUAUUCCACUAUAAAUGUCAAGUAAUAUAAUGUAAAUAUAAAUAUAUCUCGCUUUGUCUUGGUGUACUUCUGCAACAACAAGAGAAACAUGUUUCAUAUCCAUCAAAUACCCCAAAUGCUGUAUGUCCACACUUUCUAAUAGCAUUCUGCAUGUGUUGGCUCUCCUUUAAAUAUGAAAAUAUAUCUGUACCCCAGAAGAG